UUUAACAGUUAUGAAUGUGCAGCAGAAAAGAGCUGGUACUGGUGGUGACAGCGACCACUCAGCUUGGACUAAAAUCAAGAAAAUUGCUGUUAUUAGUAAGAGAACAAUAAACAGCACACAGAAAAAUGAAGCAAUAUCCUUGAGUGGUACAGGAAGUCAAGUUUGUCUUACAAGCUGUAGAAGUAAAGAAAUAAUUACACCUAACUGUUCUGAUGGUGCAGGGAAGGAGGACUCUGUCUGUCCCCUGAGUGAUGAUCAUUUUCUGAACAGAAUGAAAGAAGUUAGUUAUCUCGGUUCUGAUAAAGUUUUGCUUGUGAAGGUAACGAAAAACAGGAAUGACACUGAUGGUAUUAAAGGCAAGUCAUUAUCACCACUGUUACAAGAAGAGAAAUAUUCACUGGAACAUUUUGGGAAGAGAGUUAAGUUGACCUCUAAAAGAAAAUCAAAUGAAGAGAGCAAAAUAAAUGUUACUAGACUGGAGAGGAGAGAGCCAGACAGUGUAAGAGUCAGGAGGGUGAUGUAUGUUGAUAAAGUAGAUGUGAGUGUAGGUGAUGACACUGUUAAUCUUGUCAACCAUAGUCAGACCAGUCAUGAAGCAAACCGUCUAGUACGCAAGAUUGUCCCCAUCACCUUGGGUAACUACAAGGAAUCUCUCGGUCAGCCCAUCCUGAAACAGAGAUCACAAAAUUCCUCGCUCUCUGCCAGUUCUUGUGAUGCUACAGUAACUAAACCUGUUAUUAGCAUUAGUAACAUGAUAACAAAAAAGAAGGGGGCUGGUGAAGGCUGUCUUAAAUAUAUACCAGUAUGUACUCAGUCUGGUUCAAAUAGUUUGGCAGUUUCUGAAGUUGUUGCUUUUAGUAACAAGAAAAAAAUCCUUCCUGGGCCUUCCUACGAGAUGCUUAACACUUCACAUCAGUUGCCAGAGAGUACAAGUGUGUUGGAUGAGAAUUUGAGAGAAUCAAAUGAGGGAAUAUAUCUCAAUGAGGGUUGUAACACUAAAGAGAUGCAAGAAAAAUCUGCAUCAUUGUAUUUCUCGGAGGAAGAAGCCACCUCAGAAAUGUACACAUUGAAUAAUGAUAAAAGGAAGACUAAUGAUCAAAAUGAAUAUAGUAGUUUGAGUGAGGUAAGCAGUGAGCCUCUCGGGGGGUGGCUGUAUACACCUGACAACAGCCAGGACGCUGUUGACAGUCUCCUGGAGGAUCUCUAUGAUGGCCAAGAUCCGGAUAAACCUUUUCCAGAUAUUGAUAACCUGGACUGUUUUAUUCCUCUCACAGAAGAGAAAAACUCCACAUUUCAAGAUUUAACCACAAGUACCCUGGACAAAUGUUUGGAGGAGACUAUUUUAAACUCUCCAAAUACUAGUUUAGUUGAGUUCAUGAAUUCCUCUCAGACACCCACCCAAUUUGUGGUAGAUGGAGAGAGCUUGAAAAAGAAUUCCCAAGGAUCACCAGACUUUACAGAACUCAUUUUUAAAUCUAUGAACCAAGUAAGCAGUAAAACAGAUGUAGUGUUGCAAGAAGACUUCUCUCUGCAACCACAAGUUUACUCUUCACCACUAAGGUCCCUCAGUCAUGGUAACACCAGCCAUGAAUGUCCCUUAAACAACAUACGUGAUCUGAUCUGUGAUAGUCUGUCCACGUCCACAGGGGAGAACAAGAAAGGUCUAUUUACCGACUAUAAUCAACUACUAAUGGGGGCUUCUGAAGAAUUAUGUGCACCAGUUGGCCAUAGUACAAAUAUAACUGUGGGAGAAGCAGUUAAUGUUACUAGUAGUAGUUUUUCAUCCAGUAAUCCUCCCUCUAAUGCUUCACACUUUGAGGAAAAUAUGUUGCUUCAGUCUCAUAUAAAUGAAACUGAUUCUAACUCGUUACUUAAAAUGAACAGAAUAUCGCGAGUUGAUGGUUGUGAAGCAGUUGGUCCAUCAUGCGAGUCCAGUAGUGAGGUGGUGUGGAUCCUCCAGACACCUAAACCAUCCUUGGCACCUCUCUCUGGACUGUAUCUCGAUAAAAAUGAAGUUAGCAUAGAAAAUGAGGCACAGUGUAACAGCCGGCUGCCAGAGAACCUCACUAACAAAGAAACAUAUGUAGACAUUAAUCAGAGCAGUUUAGUGAAUCAUUGCCGAAAUGUUGUUGACACUAACACUUCAACAAACCCAUUAGGAUUGAACCAGGAAGGUAACAGCAUCAAGAAAUUGGACCAAACUUCCCUCUUAGACAUGACCACGAUGCAACCUAGUCGCUUGAACAUCCCAGACCCUUACCCCUGUGAGGUGAUGACCAUAUGUGGGAACCUGACCACUGAAAAGUUGGACCAUGUGGAAGUUCCCAUGUUUACUAAUUUAACUGAUGAUGAUGAUUCUAAUUUUAAUAAUAAACACUUCUUGCCAGAUGAUAGUCCCAUUUUAAGAUAUCCUGAAUUAAUCAGUGAAAUAUUAGAUGUUCAACGGAACUGUGAACCAGCUCACUUGAACCAGCAGGGUUGUAGCUCAGGUAACAUGAGAACUACUGACAGCAAUAAAGAGGUGAAGAGCUUGGAGGCAGCAACUCUAUCAGAAGAACCCAGCAGUUCGGGUGUUAAUAGUCCAAGUUAUUUCAAUGAUUUACUCGAUUCUUUUUUGCAAGAGGUUGAAGAAAGUAACACAGUCAUUGAUACUGAAGAAAGUAACACAGUCAUUGAUACUGAAGAAAGUAACACAGUCAUUGAUACUGAAGAAAGCAAUGCAGGUAUUGACAGUGAUAAGAAGUCAUGUGCAUAUACUAUGAAUGAAAGAAAGAAUAUUUGUGGCCAGAACACAGCUUACACUUUAAUGUUGAACAGGGAAGGUAACAACAGUAGGUCACAAGAUGUGAUAGGUGAUAUACUAAGUGAUUUAGGUGGUCUCUCAAAAGGUGAAGGUGUGGAGGUCCUUCAACAUGAUACAGAAGCAAACAGUGCCUCAGGACCCCUUAAAACAGUCACAGCUUCACCAGCCUCCACAUCUAACAGUGUUCAGAAAGAUCUAUCAGACAAUAAUAAAGUAAAAAGAAUAUUAAAAAAGCAAAGAGUUAUAAGACCUGUGCUGUUUAGGACUCUACCAGGUAUCAGACCAAUAAAGUGUGCGACUCAAGGACAAGUAGAAAAUGGAAGCCAGAAACAGAUGAAGCCACUCUGCUUCAUUUUAGGUAAAGACAGAAGACUGCAGAAUCAGGAUGGGUCAAGUUGUUGGCCUCAGAGGGAGGAUUUCAAACCUGAGCAUUAUGUUGUACCAAGAAAGAGAAGUACCUGUAGUUCUAAAGAUGGAAAACAGUUAGAAGAUGGCGUCGUUCAAACUGUGGUAAGCUCUACUCCAAGAGUACCUCCUGAAGCCUGUGGGGUGACGAGUAGUGUGGCUACAGCUGUGACAAAACUGAAGGUCCAGGAUAGUUCAACUGAAGGAAAAAGCUUUGUUUUACCAGUUGGGAAGACUGGCUUAAGCAUCAGUAUACCAAUAAAUACCCCUACCAAUAUCCCAUCAUUCUUCGCUUCGGCCAACCUAAAAAGUUGCACUCCCUCAAUCCCCAGUCCCACGACCGUUCUUCCCUGCAUAGAGAAAGGUCCCGCUGAGGCUGCUAAAAUUACAACUUCAAUCGAUUCCCAGAGCCCUGCCUUAGUGACCAACAUUCCUCAAGGAAAAAAGGCUGUAUUUGAGCACCAGGAUACAAGAAAAACUAUUGUCCCAACCACAGUGUUCACAGUUGGUGGCACAGCCCCAGCUAUGUACCAAGUGUCCAUCCCGCAGAGUUUUCCCACAGAAUCAUUCUAUAUGAUGAUUCCAACUAGCACUUGUUCACAGCUUGAAUCUGGAUCUAGUACACCAUUAAAUACACCAAUAGUUCCCAGUAUUUUGCCUCGGCUCAUGUCUACACAGCCAUGUAGCAAUAAUCCUGUAGUGCCAACUCCAGUAAACAAUUGUAGUACUGGGAAACAACUUGUCACAAAGUACUGCCUGAAGAGCUAUGUUCAUCCAAUUGCUCCCAAAACCCAACAAGUAAAUUCUGUUUCAUAUGUGAGUGCAAAGGGUCCUAUUCUUCUUAACACUGCAACCUCAGAACCAGUAAAAAUUUUGAUCAACACCCAGCCAAGUAUUAUUAAUGAUAUAAACUGCUACUCACUGUCACCUGAGAAUGGAAGGUCCAGUGUUGAAACUUCCGGCAGUAAGCCACGCUUGAAGUCUGAAUAUGUUCACAGUCUCCAGCAGAAGUUAUUGAAGAAAAAACCCAACUCUGACUCUUUUAAAAAUAAGUUUAAUAAAAGUAGACUCCUCAGAGAUGAACUGCAGCAUCACUUCCCUGAUAUACCCGAGUCCAUUCUUAAAUUACUUAAUCUUCCACCUAAGGCUAUUUGCCGUGGUUACUUUAAUCUCAGGGACCUGAAGACUCUACAUACACAAGCACUGACGCUGCGUCUAAGUGUCACUCUUAGAGACCACAUCAGUGUUUGUAAGCUCCAUAACUGCCCAACGUGCAUUGAAUUCCUUCGGCAGAAAAAAGUUCUAUCGUCAAUAGAAAGAGAGAAAGCUUUAGCUUCAAAAUUAAGAAUCAAAAGUGGAAGAGGACGUUCAAGAGGCCGAGGUGGCAGGAGAGGUCGAGAUGAACCACCACAUACCUACUUGGCUCCUUCAAAAAGGAAACUUGAGGAUGUCUCCUGUAAUAUUAACAACAGCAUAAAUAUGAAAAUAUCCAGAGCAGAUAAAGCAAUUGAAAACCCUGACUCGGUGAGCAAAAGUUCUCAUAUGGACAAGUAUUUGUGCAGAAGGAUAAGAGUGAGACGAUCAAACUCAGAAUCAGACAUUCAUGUCCUGCUAAACACACAUCCUCAGAAGACUGAUGAAGUUCAUAGUUGUGAUGAUUCUUGCCUUGGGCUGCACCACACCCUCAGAGACUCUCACAGUGAAAAGUGGUUAAGAACUGAAAAGGAAAAUUCAAGUAGAAAUAGCAAAAUUUUAACUAAAAGAAAGUUUGUAAUCACUGCUGAGAAUAGAUGGAAAAAGUUUCAGUGUGAUAACAUGCUGAAAACUGCAGCCCAGGAUUUACUGCUGAAAAAACAACUAGAGCAAGAUUUUGUGGCUUUUGCUGAGGAGGCUGUGAGUGAGAAGAGCCCAAAGCAGUGUGGUGCUUCUACCCUUACAACCUUGCACUUUAACCUCCAUGCUUUAUAUAUUGGACCUUUAAACUUAGCAGCCAAGUGUAAUCCUAUCUUCCAUCCCAAGCUUCAUGUCAUUUAUUCUGCCAGGUACUGUAUGCUCCUUCAUCACCAUCAGCAUUAGGUAAAAUAUCAACAU